AUGUCCGACUCCGAAACAGUCCCGUUAUCGCCAGCAAAGGCCACGGCUUACUCCACGGCCGUGGAGCUGGCCAGCUCUGCCGACAACGCCCCGCAAUCGGCUCCAGAAUCAACUUCCUCCUCAGCGGUAAAGCCUGGCUACUUGGCUCCAGAAGACAUCGAAUGGGACUUUGGUGGUCCAUUGGGUGCCGUUGGAAUGAUGGUAGGUUUCCCUCUUUUGAUGUACUACAUGUGGAUCAGUGCCCGUUUCUAUGGUGGAGCACCAGCUUGGCCUUCUGAAGGACAAGCCUGGGGCGAGUUUGGCCACGAAUUGCUCAGCUACUUUGUCGACUACGCUGUGCCAUCGUUUGGAGUGGUGGUGUUCUUUGCCAGCUUCAUUUUCGUCCAGGGAAUCUUCUACUUGGUUUUGCCCGGUAUCUGGACCAAGGGCCAGCCUUUGGAGCACUUGAACGGCAAGCAGUUGCCAUACUACUGUAAUGCUGUAUCAUCAUUCUACACCACUGCAGGCUUGGCCGUGGUGUUGCACUACACUGACAUCCUCCCAUUGACGUACUACAUCGACAGUGUGGGCCAGAUCAUGACCGCAGCUAUCAUCACGGGAAUGGCGUUUUCCGUGGGGUUGUACGUGUACACCAUCCAGGUUUCUGGCGACUACCACCGCAUGACCGGAAACCACAUCUACGACAUGUUCAUGGGUGCUCCUUUGAACCCCAGAAUCGGCAAGUACUUGGACCUCAAGAUGUUCUUCGAGGUCAGACUUCCCUGGUUCAUCUUGUUCUUCUUGUCGUUGUCCACCUGCUUCAAGCAAUACCAGACUUAUGGCUACGUGUCGCCUGAAAUCUUGCUUGUCACCUACGCCCACUGGUUGUACGUCAAUGCCUGUGCCAAGGGUGAGGAAUUGAUUGUGCCUACCUGGGACAUGGCCUACGAAAAAUUCGGCUUCAUGUUGAUUUUCUGGAACAUCGCUGGUGUUCCUUUCACCUACUGCCACUGUACCUUAUUCCUUGCCUACCACGACCCACAAGAGUACAAGUGGUCCACGCCUUACUUGGUGUUCUUGUUCGUGCUCUUGAACGUGGCCUACUACUUCUUUGACACUUCCAACUACCAGAAGAAUGAUUUCAGAAGAAAGUUGGCUGGCAAUAAGGCUCUCCGUAAGUCGUUCCCCCACUUGCCAUACUCCGAGAUCGAGAACCCCAAGUACAUCUCCUGUGCCAACGGUUCCACCUUGUUGACCGACGGAUGGGUGGUCUACGCCAGAAAGAUCAACUACACCGCCGACUAUGUCCAGUCCUUAACCUGGGCAUUAGCCUGUGGUUUUGCAUCUCCCUUCCCAUGGUUCUUCCCCCUUUUCUUCUUCAUUGUCUUGGUCCACAGAGCCUUGAGAGACCAAAGAAAGUGCGAGAAGAAGUACGGCAAGGACUGGGAGCUCUACUGUAAGGCAUGUCCAUACAUGUUCAUUCCAUACGUUAUCUAA